CUUAACUGUCUUGUUCGUGAACAUUGUUUCUCCUCCAUUUCAACCAGAUAUUCCUGGCCUGUCCGUCACUGUUCACCCAUGGCGAUGCUUCGGUAGUCCGUGUGUACCACUGCCUGCUGAGCCGCGUUCAAAACCUCGACCGUCACAAUGGCGCGAACCCGUGAUGGUCUCUUGUCGGAGAAGCACUACGACGACGAUGCGGCCCUCGUUCCCUCAGACGCAGGCUCCGACUACGAAAUCGAUGGAAGUGCAGCGGGUGACGACGCUGUCCAAGAUGGUGAUCGAGAUAUCCUAGACGAAACAGAAGAACACGAGAAUCUCCUGCGUAAGCCAGGGAAACUCGACGCCGUUCGAGGCAUGGCUGGCCUGCGGAACAAUAAACAAACUGGGGGUAGCAAGAGCAGGCAUCGCAAAGAGAGAGCGAAAAAGGGGGAGUCGGAUACGAUGUUCGAGAUGGAAGGUGGUUUCAAAGACACAAGUUCGCAGUCAUCCACAGAUUCAGAGAUCGAAGGAACCAAAUGGGAUAGAAGAGCGCCUGCGAAGUCACAUCGGGGACGACUUACAGUCUUGUUCCUCGCCAUCAUCGCCCUAUUCAUUUCUCUCGUCUUUGGCGCGUACAAGGCUUCACACAAGCACGCCCUCGCCCCAACAACCCAUCGGCUGGCCCGAUUGUCCAAUGGCACGCACACCUUUCGUCCGACGACAAUACUCAUAUCGUUGGAUGGCUUCCGAGCCGACUUUCUCAACCGCGGCCUCACGCCUGCUCUGAAUGCCUUCGUGGCAAGUGGCGUAUCGCCAAAGUACAUGCUUCCAUCCUUUCCGUCGGUCACGUUCCCCAACCACUUUACGCUCGUGACCGGCCUCUACCCCGAGAGUCAUGGCAUUGUCAGCAACCAAUUCUGGGACCCUGAUUUCCAAGAGGAGUUCUACUACACGAAUGUCGGUGUUUCGAUGCAGCCCAAGUGGUGGACCGCGGAGCCACUGUGGGUGACGGCAGAACAUCACGGCGUCCGAUCAGCAAUUCACAUGUGGCCCGGUUCCGAGGCUCAUAUUCCGGAUGUCGAGCCUACCUAUCUCGACAAGUACAAUGGAUCCGAGGAACUCACCCGCAAAGUGGACAGGAUGCUACACUGGCUCGAUUUACCAGGUGACGACGACGACGAUGAUGAUGGUAGUGACGAUAUCACUACCGAAAGACGACCACAACUGAUCGCGGCGUACGUACCCAAUGUCGACGCCGACGGUCACAAAUACGGCCCCAACAGCACCGAGAUCAGAGCGACAAUCGCCGACGUCGACAGCAUGUUUGUCAGUCUCGUGGAGGGUCUGUACGCGCGAAACUUGUCCGAGAUUGUCAACCUCGUCGUCGUAUCGGAUCAUGGCAUGGCGACGACCUCGAACGAUCGCCUUGUACAGCUGGAUGAUCUGAUCGAUAUGUCGUUGGUGGAUCAUAUCGAUGGUUGGCCCUUGAGGGGCAUGCGACUGAAGGACCCAGAUCGUGAUGUCCCGAUUUUGUACGAGCAACUUUCCAAAGAAGCCGCAAAGGCCGGGUCUUUCGAGGUUUACACACUAGAGACGAUGCCCGAACGUUACCACUUUUCCAACAACGAUAGAAUAGCACCUCUCUGGGUCGUCCCCAAGACAGGAUGGGCCAUUGUGGAAAAGUCAGACUUCGACGUGGCGGAAGCACUCGAGACGGGUCAAGAAUACGAACCGAAAGGUUUGCACGGAUAUGACCACGAACAUCCGCUCAUGAGGGCUAUUUUCGUGGCCAGAGGUCCCGCUUUCCCACACAAACCAAACAGUCGACUGGCACCUUUCCAGAACACCGAGGUGUACAAUAUCGUUUGUGAUUCCUUGGGUAUCGAGCCUCAUCCCAACAACGGCACUCUACGACUACCUCUGAAGCCGGAAGGAUUGCACAGUGAUGUCGACGCCCCGGUCGUUGAUACACCUGCCGAUCCAAUCAUGGACCAUGAAGGCAAGGAUGACGAUCCAGAAGAACCUGAGAAGCAUCAAGAAGAUGAACCUCAAGAGCACGAAGAAGAUCCCGAGCAAUCCGACGACGACCCUUCUUCCAAUGGUGGCGGUGACGGGGUCAAAGAUGAUGCAAAGAGCAAAUGGUGGAAAUUUCUCCACGAAGGACUUCAAAAAGCCAAAGAGUGGGCCAAGGAAUUCAUCGAAUCGAUCAAGGGCAACAAAAAAGGAGGCGAAGGAGUUGACCCUCCCGUGUGAAAUGUCAACUGGCCCCCCCCUCUUGACAGUAAGAUUGCGCAUCGAAUCUUGGAAGCCACUUGAAUAUUGGGGGGAGGGGGGAGGGAAGAAGAGUGUGAACACACAAAAUGUGUAAUAACUCUUUUCGAAACCACUACCAGUAUGAUGUCGACCUUUUGACGAGGGAGGAUUUUCAGUCCUAGUGACUCGACUCGCCACGGUCAUUCUGUCACUUGGUCGAGCUUGAGCCGAUACAGAAUCCGAGAGAGGAAAGAAAUUUCUCUCGUGCCUUGCGUCGCCGCUCACCACGAAAUCCGUCGGGGAAAAAAAGGGGCAGGGGGCAAGGGCAAGGGCAACCGCAUUUCGAAGUGUGUUUGUCGAAGGCCCUGUUGAAACCAACUCCUCUGCUCUCCGAAGUAUUUACCUGGGUACCCGGGUGGUGACGGCGGGUGGAUGGAAACACCGUCCGACCGAACUUGUACCCAACCGGCCCACGAAGAAUCACGGAGGGGGUUGAAAAAUCCGAUCACGAAUGUCGGGCACAUGGACCAAAACCACGGUAACCCGGUACUACUGGCGGAGGAGUACUGUGAUGAAUAGAAUCGAUCUUGUGAUGGGCUGCCGCUGGAUCUUUUUGGGUAUCCAACUCUGGUUGUUUACCGUAUCAAGGCUCGUUGAGAGAGAGAGAGAGAGAGAGAGAGAGAGAGAGAAGAAAAAAAAGACUGUCGCUCCACGGGUUCCUUUUUUCAAACAUCCCUCCUUUACUCCUAUGAACACAUGAGCGAGACUACACACGCGUGUGAGAAGGCACACCGCUCAGGUUUACUUUUUACUCUCAAGGUAAUCAAGUCGAGUCGCACGAGGUGAAGAUUGGGGGUCUAGAGAUACCGUGGACAUGAUAUUGUAGGGGGUACAAUACUCCGCACAACAUGUACAUACAGUAGUAUAACAUCAACUUCUCU